AUGAGACAUCCUCUGACUGGAGUCACUUCUACCCAUUCACUAACAUCCUCCUCCUCUGCCACUUCAUUUAGUAGUAAGUAUGACACAGCUCCUGGUAUGAUCCCUGUUCCUGUUACCAUCAAGGACCCCAGAAUGCUGGAGUGGAUGACAGAGUUUGAUGAUGGGCCACAAAGCAGCUAUGUUUACAGACCCACUUUUCUCCAGUUCCGCAGUGAUGAUCCAGAGGAUGACAGGUUUGAGGAUAUCAAAGUUCGUUCAGAGGCUCUGGAAAGGAAUGAGAUGAACACCUACUAUUCUAAGGUGCGCAGGGAAGCACCCUUUCAUUGGUUGAUGAUCUGCUGCAACUUGUACUCUGUCACGUACUCAAGCUACUUACUUUACAAGUUCUCUGAGUUUGGGGAAAGUUAUGUUCGAAACAAUGUCAAGUCCCCCCUGGUAGCACACAGAUACUUGCAGUGUCAUGUCUUGUGCGUGAUGUACAAAGUGGAGUAUUCGAAUGACCUGCGGAAGAUUGAGAAGUUUGUGAGCAACCUGAUGCGACACAUGGCUAGCCAAGAGCAAGGCUGA